AUGGGAUCCGUUUCCGAGGCGCUCAGACCAGCUCCGUACGGCCCCGCUAUCCACUUGCCGGCCCCGUAUCCGGAAAAGACGGAGUUCCCCCUGUCCCUGGCGGCGUCCCACCCGAAUACCCAUAUAGCGGCUCUUGUCGCCGAGGUCGAAGAGCUUUCAUCCAGCGGCAAGCUACGGGGUCUACUAGACAAGCACGGAGCCGUCUACUUCCAGAACCUGGGCCUGGAGAGCGCCGAGCAGUUUUCUCAGUUCGCGCACGCGUUCGGCUGGACGGCCCACGAGGACAUUGGGAACCCCGUUCGACGCACCAUCCACGCCAAGAACGUGGCAACGGCCAACGAAGGACCUAACACGCAGCCAGUCUAUCCUCAUAAUGAGUUUGGGUUGAGCCCGCAUUUCCCGGCGUAUGUAUUCUUCUAUUGCGCAUCGGCGCCAGAGACUGGUAUGUACGAGCUAGGUUCACCUUGUUAUUUUGUCGGCUUGGGCUCUAAUAACGUAGGCGGUGAAACUCCCAUCAACAACUCCGUCGUUCUCUACCGCCGAUUAAGAGAGAGGCAUCCCGACUUCAUUGAUGAAAUCGAAAAAAAGGGUGUUAAAUAUCAACUAUUCUACCCCAACGGGCCCCGUGACCAGACGUCUUCUGCGGGAACAACGCUCCUGCAGGCGUAUGGCCGAAACGUCUCGGACAGCGACGACACCGAGACGGCUCGGGUUAAGAUCGAGACCGAGGUGAAGCGCUUGGCAACCGCGCAGUGGGUCUGGGAGAACCAAUCCGACAGCAACCCACUCGGGGAUCUGAGAGUCUGGCAACAUCUGCCUGCUGUGAGAAACCACCCACGGACAGGAGACACAGCAUUUUUCAACAACGUAGUGUCCCGGUUCCUGAAUGCGAUUGACGCCGACACCUUGCAGCCACCCCACAUCAACAAGGACGGGAAGUACCAGCCGCCGGCAUUUUAUGGCGAUGGCUCUUUGAUACCGAGAGAAUUCCUCGAUUCGGCCGUUGAGAUUAUCAAGUCUGUUAUUAGUCUCUGGUUACGCAGGCGGUUAAAUCAUGCCGUACAGCACGGGCGAGAGCCGUGGACCGGAGAUCGAAGGCUCCUUGCCAGUCUAUGGGAUGAGUCAUCUGGACAAACACAUUGA